GCAGUUUAUAAAAUGGCACCAAAUACUAUAACAGCAGAUUUGACAGAUGACAGCACUGGCUCUAUGAUAACACACACUCCAGGGGGACCAAUGGAGAUCAUCUUCAGCUUCGAUACAACUGGUUCUAUGUCCUCUUGUCUCGCGGAAGUGCGCAAACAGGUAAACCAUAUCAUUCAGCGACUCUUCAUGGAUAUUCCAUCCCUCAAAGUUGGAGUCAUUGCACAUGGUGACUAUUGCGAUGCUACAACGUACUAUGUGACAAAGCAGAUUGAUUUCACCAAUGACAUCACAGCACUCUGCGACUUUGUUGAAAAUACAGGUGGAUCUGGAGGCGGGGAUUACGCAGAAUGCUAUGAAUUGGUGCUUCAAAAGGUGAGGACAUCAUUUGAUUGGACACCAGGCUCCCAGAAGUCCCUCGUAAUGAUCGGGGAUGCCAUUCCCCAUGAGCCAAACUAUCCCGCCAAUAAAGGAAAUAUUAACUGGAGGACAGAAACCAAAAAGCUUUAUGAGGAAUUGGGUGUGAAGAUAUAUGGAGUACAGUGCCAGGACAACGUAGACUCAAGCAAGUUCUUCAAGCAAAUAUCAUCUCAAACUGGUGGGAAACAUUUGAAACUUGCAGAAUUCCAGACCAUAAUUGACAUGAUGAUGGCUAUUUGUUAUAGAGAACAUGGAGUUGAAUAUUUUGAGGCCUACGAGAAAGAGGUCCGUGAGCGUGAAGGAAAAGGAAUGCGUGGCGAGUUGACAAAAAUGUUUGAUGCUCUCCGUGAUCCAGAUUCCCAUGAUGCAACAGAUGAGGCUAUGACACCAAUUAUCAAGAGGAAGAAAAAAUCAACCCCAAAGAAAGCUCCAAGAAAAUUCCAGAUGAGCCCUAAAGUGACACCCAAAGUCACGGUGAAGACUGCUACUACUACUCCCAAAUUGAAAGUUGUGAAGAUGACUCCAAAGACCUUAAGAGUCGUCAAAAGGUCACCAAUGAAACUGUAUCCAUCUUCCACAAAAAUUGCCAAGAUUCCACGUCAUAAUAGAGAAAAUGUUGCAGAAAUUCACUUCUCUAGUGCAACCCUUGCAUGGUCUCCAUGGAAACCUGUGAGCAACAUCCUCGAGUUUCGCUCCAUUUACUCUAUGAAGCAAAACCAGAGCAGAUCUAAGUCAUUUCUGUAUGAGUUAGCAGUGCAAACCAAACCAUACACCCGUAGAUUCCCAGUAUAUAUAAAACUGGCUACCAGGUGUCUCCACUCUACAAAUGGAGCCCUUAGAAUGUACAUAAACAAUGAUGAAAUUCGUGAACAACUGGAAAAUGUUGAAAAACAAGGUUGCAAAUUGUUCGCUCGUUGCUUGGAGAUUAAACGACCAGUGACAUGUUAUGGACGUAAAUUCACAAAUGGACAAGAUUUGAAGAAAUUCCUUGUGAAAUCAUAUGAUUAUGCAUGGAACUUGAAAAGCAUGAAAAGAUCUGAGGCAAGAAAUGUAGUCCAAUGUGGAGUUGUCAUCUCAAGGGGCUCGGAGUGAUCUUGACUUCUAAAUGCAGUAAUCAAAUUACUCAUUAAGAAACGAGGUGUCAAGGCCUACCUGCUAUUGGUCUGACAACCAAGGAUGUUGUUUGUUGCCUGAGGAUCAAAUGACCGAGAACACAUUUUAUAUACUGUAGAUGGACCUGAGAAACAUGGAAUGGAUAUAACGUGAAAAGAUCAAGGGACAUAUGCAGACUAUAUUGAAUUUCUUCUUCAUAGUAUUUGCAUAUUUAUGCAUGUAACAUUAAUGAUUAUUAAUGCAGUGAUUAUAAUUUGUUAUGCAGUAAUGUAUGUAUAUAACUAUUCAAAUAGUCAUCAGUAUAGUACUCAUUGUGCAUGUCUGACUUCAUACAGUUAUAAAGCCAAAUAAUGAAUGUAAAAACAUUAAAAAAUUGUAAUUAGAAGGUCAAGCAAUAUUGUUUUUUAAAUAAAACAUUAGAUUGAUGUCUUAUACAUAAAAUGAUGUACAUGUAUAAGAUAUUAUGAUAAAAGAUUUAUAAUAUAAUAUAUAUAAAUUAUAUGUAACCAGUUAGUGGUAGA